GCCCAUAUUAGUCCGUUCCCGUAGUUACAAAAUGGCGCAUUGAGUUUUAAACACUGUUUAUGUUUUGUUUAUCUUAAUUUUUUACAUCUUUAGAUCUGGUUUUAGUUAGCUUAAUAAUAAUCUGAAGUAGACAAACAUGUCCGGAACAAGUGUGGUACCUUUCCAGCCAAAGCGCAAAAGUGAAACUCGUCCUGCCAUAGAUACAUUUAACGAAAUAAUUCCGCCAAUGGAUUACUCAUUUUGCCGUUUUGAAAAUAUAAAAGAUGCUGAAGAAGAGGAACCAAGGCCCAAUCUGUCACCCAGGGGUAAGGGCAAGCAGAAGCCCCCAGAGGAAGGAGCCAAGUAUACAGGACGCUGCCUCAAAUUCAACAACAACAGCAUCACCAACCUCCAGUCCCUGACAGAGUUCGCCAAAGUGAAGUUUGCCAACUGGCAGGAGAUUGCUUGGCUUGACCUUUCGCACAAUGAACUCACAAAGAUUGGUCCAGAGUUCACAGAGUUUGAGCACCUUCAGAUCCUAUAUCUCCAUGGUAACCAGAUAUCGGACCCAGGCCAGAUUGAGCAGCUAGUGCCCAUUCACACACUGAGGAAGCUCACACUGCAUGGCAACCCCAUGGAAACCAUGAAGGGCUAUCGUUGGUUUGUACUGUCCAAGCUGCCGCAGGUUAUGGUCCUGGAUUUCAGCAGUGUCACUAAGGCUGACCGUAUGACUACGGGCACUUGGACAAAAAUGAACAGUUGGGGGCAGAAAAAGAAGCAGAAAGUUGAAGAUGAUGAAUAAUAAGCUUGUCUGUAAACUCUGGUUGCAUCUUGGUGUAGAGCUGUUUCAUAAUCUGAAGUAUUAAAUCUUUUUUUACUUUGAUGAAUGAAAAAAGCUUGUUAAAUUGCAUUUUAAUCAUUUAUUUUUAUAUAUUAUAUUGGUAGGCAUUGGUUGAUCAUGAAUAUUAAAAGUUUACAAAAAGACGUUGUAUUUCUGUAUAUAUUUUCACAUGGUUAUUAUUCUAAUCAGGUUAAGUAGUUGUAUUUUCAAGGCUAGAUAGCAGUUAUGUAAGCAGAUGCUGAGUCUUCUCCUUUGUCAGAGACGCAUCAGCUGUUUGCAUUUGAAAAUAUUUUGCAUAUUGAAAUCACUUUCAUCUUUGUCAAAACUAUUCUGGUUAACAGUUAUUGAUAAUAGCUGUUGAAGCCUGAAUACUUAUUUAUAUAAGUAUUACUUUUGUCCAAGAAAAUGUUACAAGACAACUUGUUUAGAACCAAGCUAACAAGCAGUCCUGGUUCUUGCAUUCAUGUGCGUUUUGUUUUUUUGGGGGGUAAAGUUAAAAAGUUGAUAAGCAAUGCAGCAUUUACACGAGUAUUUGUUUUUGUAACUGGUAAUGUGUGGGAUUAUGUACUUCAUGAUGAUUUGAAUAAAAGUUUUAAAUUCCGAUGACUGUCCAAAUAGUUUACUGUAAAAAUUUAAUUGUUGGUUUAUUUGUUUUAUUUUUUAACAACAAAUGGUUUUUAAACUGUAAAAGUUAUUGAACAUUUUGUAGUCUGAAGGGAUUUGAUGAUUUUCAUACUGUGUUGUCAAAGAAUCUGUGUUUGUGAAUAGUAACUGUUUUUUGUAUUGUUUUUUUUACCAGUUACUUAGUUUUGUGUUGUACAUUCUUUUGUUCCUAUGUUUUACUACAAAAAAUGGAUAUAAACAAGUGUCAUAAACUACAAUUCAAUGUGAUGAAUAGUUUUAUUUCAGUUUUUUUGUCAUUUUAGUAGUUUAGGAUUUCAUUAUGUCUGUGAUAAGAAAUAUGCAUUGGCAGGUUUCAGAACUUUUUUGUGUACAUGUACAGUUUUAGUUAAACAUCUGGGUUCCAGUUUCAGUAUUGAUAUUUUAAUGUACAAUGUUUUAAAGUGUUUUAUUAGCUCACCUGCACAUAACGUGCUGAAGGAUAGCUAUUGUGAUCACCCUAUGUUUUCAUUAUGCGAUGUUCCGUUUGCAUCAUCAACAGUUAGCUAUUAACCACUCUAAAGGCCAUCUAAUCUUUAUGAAACUUGUUCAGAAUGUUAACCACUGCAAUAUCUAGACUGAGAGGAAUCUGAGUCAAUUGCAACUUAAAACAAGGUCACGAGGUCAAAUCGUAGAAACAGCUUGUUACCUUUCUAGAGGCCAUAAUUAUGACUCAAUCUUGUUGCAAUUUUAUCAUAAUGUUUAUUUUGUCAAUAUCUAAGCCAAUUUUGAACUUAAAUCAUGUACUUCAAAAACUAGAUCUCCAGGUAAAAUCUUAUGAAAAACUGGUAACCAAACAUGUGGCCACAUGUAUGACUCAAUCUUGGGUCAAGUGAGUAACAAAAUAAAAUCAGUCAUAAGGUAAAAACUUAUAAAAAAAAUUCUUACCCCUCAUUUAAGAAAACAUUUAAGAUUCAAUCUAGACGAAAGUAGUUCAUAGUGUUUAUUUUGACCAUAUCAAGGCCAAAUUAGAAUCUCUGUCAGGUGCGACAAGAAUCUAAGUCACCUCAUCCACUCUUAAAAAAACUAGAGGCCACAUUAUGACUCAGUCAUCAUGAAACUUGGUCAGAACUUGCAUCUUGAAUAUAUAUAUUCUGUGUCUAAAUCUAGGUCAAAGGAGGUCAAAAACUAGAUCACCAGGUCAGGUUUUCAACAAUUGGUGUUCGUUAACUCAUGUGAGCAAUUAAGGGCAAUGAUGGCCCUCUUGUUUUAAAAGAUAUCAUUUGGAGACAGCCCAAUUAAUAGUAUAAAGGCAUUAAAAUCUAUUAUUAGUGUAGUACAAUUUCUCAAAUGUUAAGUCAUUUUUCCAUAUAAAUAAUUAGUUAGCUGUGGAACACUGCUUUUUUGUAGCAUUUUCCAGUGAACUAAGCUUUAUUUUGCAUUAUUUUAUUGUGUUAAGGCAAGAAAAUUAUAGCGAAAUAUUUGUUGAUUAUGUUUUUCGUACUUGUACUCUUAACAUUAAAAUUCAUGAUUAAAUGCAGUUCUAUUUAACACAUCUGCAUUAUUUUUUUAUGCUUAAUAAUCUCUUUCAUAUACCUGUAGUUUUUGUAAGUUCACAUAAUGAAACUUCGAUGAGGUAUUCCUAAUAUAAAGAACUCCAAUGUGUUAGAAGAUCUAAAAGUGUUUUAAAUAUUGUUAUAAACAUGUUUGCACCUUUGAAACUGCUUGUAGAUUGAAGGUACAGCAUAAGUUUGUGUUUGAUCAUGAGCACUCUUCAGUGAAUAAUCAGGAUCAAAAUUCAAGUUCUUUUAGAAAUAUAUGUAUACAUUCCGUUGUUUAUGAUUACCUUUUUAUCAUAGAAUAAAUCAUUGAAAUAUAA